UAGUAUGAUUGGUCAGUUCCUCGCUGCUUUGCGGAUUCUGCGCUGUCUGCUGAAGUACCGGGCGGGAUUUCCGCAAUACAUUCAGUAUGGCGAAGACCUACGAUUAUUUGUUUAAACUGCUGUUGAUCGGGGAUUCCGGCGUCGGGAAGACCUGUGUGCUUUUCAGAUUCUCGGAGGAUGCCUUUAACUCGACGUUUAUUUCGACGAUAGGUAUCGAUUUCAAGAUCAGGACAAUAGAACUAGAUGGCAAGAAGAUAAAGUUACAGAUAUGGGACACGGCAGGACAGGAGAGAUUCCGAACAAUCACAACGGCAUAUUACAGAGGUGCAAUGGGUAUCAUGCUGGUUUAUGAUAUUACUAAUGAGAAAUCAUUUGACAACAUCAAAAACUGGAUCCGAAACAUAGAAGAGCAUGCAUCAGCGGAUGUAGAAAAAAUGAUUUUGGGGAACAAAUGUGACAUCAAUGAGAAGAGGCAGGUGUCUAAAGACAGAGGCGAGAAGCUGGCGUUAGAGUAUGGCAUCAAGUUCAUGGAGACGAGUGCGAAGGCUAAUAUCAAUGUUGAGAACGCAUUCUUAACGCUCGCCAGAGACAUAAAAGCAAAGAUGGACACGAAAUUGGAGGGGAACAAUCCUCAGAGCAGCAACCAUGGAGUGAAAAUUACCACUGAACAGCAGAAAAAGAGCAGCUUCUUUCGCUGUGUGCUACUGUGAAGACCAAGGCCUUACUGUCCGCCGCCCGUGGGCUGGACACGACUGGACUAUGCUCUCCCUCUUAGCACUCCUCCUCCUUCCUCUUUUAUCCCACCUCUCCUUCUCUGUCGCACUCUUCUUCCAGCCCUAGGGCAGUCGGAGUUCCUGGCUCCUCUUAUCUUCUUCCAUUGACAGAUUAGCGAUGCCACUUCCUCUCGCUUAUGACCCUUCCCUGACGAAACCAUGGUGGGAAAGCAUUGGUUCUACAAGUCAAGGUGAAGAACUGGGUGCUGAUGCAUCGUCGCAAUCGUUCCAGCAGCAAACGUGCACCUAAAGAAGGUCCCACAUUUUUGUUUCAAUCGCUCGUUUUGAGCGCACAACUGCCAAAAUUGAUCCAUGCGGAUCUGGAAGCAGUCGUGAUUCUGGGUCAGGCCGCAGAGCGUGAUCUGAUAUUGAGCCGGUUUGAGAGUUACGUGGGACUUUCUUCAUCAUUCCAUUUUAUUUUCGGCCCUCAUGCAUUCUUCGACAAUCACAUGACCUUAUUGUAAGUAGAGGAAUAUUAUAACCCACCUCUUAGAUGCUUUUUCCUUUCUUUCAUUUAAAACAACAAAAAAAAACAUUUAGCUGUUUUUGUACCCGGGUUUACUUCUCAGACCUGUUACGCAAAAAUGUUGCGUUCGCAAACUUGGUGCAGUCAAGGUUUCAUAUUAAACGAAUGAAGAUCCUGCUUUUUAUUCAUCAAGACAUGUUUGCUGCCUCGUUAAAACUAACCUCCCCUUUUUUUUAACAUGCACACGAAGCUAUUUCCAAAUAGUUCAGUUUUUUAUGCAGUAGUGCUAGCUUUUGUUUUAACAUUCCUUCGAAUAAAUCCAAAGCUCAGGUCUUUCUUUUAUUACGACCUGAAAAUGGCCCAGCAGGAAAGAGUUCUUUAAUUAAAAACACUUGAAUUGAAUCGACUAGUGUGAUCAAAUGAAACUGACACGUAGCCCUUGAUAGGAAGUGAAAAUCCUGAGCUUGUAGUAUUAACAAAUAUGCGUAACCAAAAGCAAUGAGAAAGGGUGACUGUGUAACCUGAAAAGCAGAGCUAUACUUGAGAAAGCACCUCCCGUAUACAGAUGUCCAUGCACUUUAUCAGUAUCUUUUGUGUUGAGUGUAGUUUGUGCCAAGUGAUAGUUUUGCAUCAUAAAGACAAGCGUUUUUACAUGGUUCCAUGGAGUAUGCCGAAUUCAUAUUCGUUUUGAGAUUAAGGCGUUUUCAUUCCCCCAAAAGUUUUCUAGGAACAUUUCUACUAGUCUUGCAUUAUCAGUUAUCCUGAUAGUAAGCCAAAGCUGCUUUUAUGCAUUGGCUGCUAUUGGUGCAGUUUGAAUAAAUAGUCUUCUAUCAGUUGUGUUUUGUUAAUUUGUUCAUAUUUCUCAUGUAUUUUGAACGGACUGUACGUGUAGCAUCUGAAUUACAGUCCUACAGCAUGUCAGUCCCAAUUAGUUUGGGUUGCACAGUGUAAAAACAAACAGAUUUGGUUCAUAUGACUAGGAUUAACUACCCAGAAUACAGUAAUCCACCAUUCCUAGGUUCUGAAUAGUGUGUUGUUGUCAUAAGCACAUGCUUAUAAUUAAUGCUAGAGAGCUGUACUGCCCUUCAAAAGCAAACUGCAGUUGGAUAUGAGAGUCAAACCCACCUGUCACAAGAGAAAAUGUGUGGUUUUUCCUUUGCUCUGCAGUAUACUCAAAUGUACAUUUUGUAGUCAUAUUGUAAAAUGAAACAUGUCAGUUGGUGCAGUUGUGUUCACCAGCAAUAGGUCAGGAAACUUUACCUAAAGCUUCAGCACCCAUUAGAUUUAAGAGAGAAAAAAAAAUCUCCAUUUAUAAAAAUCCAAAUAAGAACACAUUCAGGUCAAAUUUCACCACAAAAACCAGUUCAUUUUGCAUUUUGUUAUUUUCAUGACAAGCAUGUGUUUCUGAUUCUUAUGACUGUACCACACAAACAUUAAGUAUAUACAUAAAGCUGUUUACAUAUCAAGACAAUGUGUGUUGUACCAGCUUUAAAAAAAAAAAUCAUUGACAUGCCUUUUAUUUAAUUUUUUACAUACUGAGAAUUCAUGAAGUGAGUUGUCAUGAAAAUGUCACAAAAAUGUUCUAUAUAUAUUCCAUAUGAUUUGGGGUGAAACGUGACCUGAAUGUGUCUUUAAGAGAUUAAAAGGCUGAGAAGCACAGUGUUUGACUGUUUUCGAGGCAGAAGUGCAUGACAUUCUCUUCUUGCUGCAAUAUGGCGCAUCCUAAAAAUGGCCACUUCCCUUUUCUUUUUCCGAGCUUGAUUGUCGAUCGAUUUGAAAUGACUUCCUGUUUGCACCUUGUUCUCUUUCCACCUCGAGGAGAUGCUGUUUUGCGUUAGAAGCUGUAUGUCGGUGUAACGGUAUAUAUCUUCAUCUGUACCCACAGCAUCUCUCUUCUCUCCCUGUCCAAUAAUGUCCCCAACUUGCCGUUUGUCUUAAUAACUAAUACUUGAUCUUUCAUUUUGGAUCUAUGCAUCAUGAAGGUGAUACUGUUGACCUCCUGUAUGUUUUGUUUGUGUGUGUUUAUUUUCUAUAGACGUCUUGUACAUGGUCUGUUCUGAGCUUUAGAGGACAGUCUGCUGUUUAAAACAUGUUAAUGGACCUCAGACGAAAUUGAUUCUGGCCUUAGGGUGUUUUAAAGUGAUGGAAUAAAAUGCAAAAUAUAACAGACAGCUGGCAAAACAUUUUUAUUUGAUUUGCAAACAAACCAAGUGGAAAAGAACAUUAGCAAACAGGUACUGCUUUCUGUCUUAACAAACGGCUUUGCAGUCAUGUGUUUAUUGAGCAGUGAUACGUACGUCUGUCGAUCUCAGUUUUUGCUGUUUAUUUUUGUCUUUCUCGUAUUGAUUUGAAACGACUGUCAUCCAUAUCAUUUACAGAUUCUUUUUAUAUGACCAUGUUUUCAUUUGUCGAUUGUGAUGUAACUGGGGAGAUCGGUAAAUUACAUUUUGGUAUAAAAAAGAAACAAUUGUAAAUAACUCUAAAAAGAGAUCUACUUAAAUUGUACUGUACUUUCUAAAAACAUUGAAAAACUGAUCUACAGUUUUUGUAGAUAUCUGUACUUUUGAUUUAUUAAAAUAAGAUUCUUUUAAGAGAUGGA